AUGCCAUUUUUAAUUCAAGAUCCUCGCGCGAAACGAUUUCGCGUGGGUACUUAACAUUUUCUUGGCAUUUCGUUGCAGAAACGCGUGAAUUUUAUUUUCACGUUGAAAUCGAUAUACCUUUGAAAUUUUUAGGGAUUCUUCUCAAUUCCGGUGGAUAAUCUUAGGGCUAGUCCAUAUUUACUGCAGUACAUUAAAGAGAACAUUCCGGACUUUAAAAACGCUGUGAUUGUGGCCAAGAGUGCUGAGGUCAUGCAUAAGGUAUGUUAUGAUCAAUAUCUUGGGGGAAUUGGUCUUUUUAAUUGAUAUAACGGCUUUUUACUGAAGAAUAGAUGUUGUUCUAGCUACAGUAGUGUAAAUUAUGUUUAAAAUUUUGCGAUUUGGUAACACUUUCAUUGAUCUUUGUUAAUUGGCAGUGUAAUAUAGCUUUUGAUGAUUUUCUUGGUCAGAAGCGUUUUAAAUGCAUCGAUUUUGACUUUAUAUGAAAGAGUAUAUCUCAUUCUAUCUAUAACAUCAUACUUCAUUUUAAAAUUUAAAGAAUUUUAAUUUUUAUAUUAAUUUUUCUUUCGCUGAUAUUUGAUGCCUAGUAUAAUAUCAUAUUUACUUCAUAACUUUUCCUUAUCAUAAUGACUUAAAUUUUAGGCAACAAGUUACGCUGAUCGUCUUCGCCUAGGAAUCGCCGUAAUUCACGGUGAAGAGCAGAAAGAGGACAAUGAUGGAACGUUGAAGCACGAUGGUCGUCAAAGUCCUCCGUUGAACAAUGAGAAGAGACCUUCGACAAGUUCGGGACGUCUCAGUUCAGCCAGUGGUUUGGGAAAUGCUUCUUACGAACUGUUUCCGGUUUUGGUGAGUUUUUAGGUAGCAAUUUUUAGGUUUUAUAUUGCUUGUUUUUACCAAAUGUCAAUCAAAAAUGACAAUAACUUAUCAGACAGCCAAAGAGAAGCCUCCACUGACUGUAGUCGGCGAUGUAGGUGGGAAGAUAGCGAUUUUAGUGGAUAAUAUCAUCGAUGAAGCUCAAUCAUUCGUGGCCGCAGCUGAAUGUCUGAAGAAACGAGGCGCUUACAAGAUAUACGUGGUCGCUACACAUGGUAUCCUGUCAGCAGAUGCUCCAAAAAUUAUCGAGGACUCCUGUAUUGAUGAGGUAAGGUUUGGGUGGUACUUGGAAACAAAGUUUUUGCGGUUUUUUGGAAAAAGGUUUUGGAAAGAAAGUUAUUGCGGUUUUUUCAAAAAAUGGUUUUUGGAAAGAAAGUUCUUGCGGUUUUUUGGAAAAAUGGGUUUUGUAAAUAAAGUUCUUGCGUUUUUUAAAGAAAUAGGUUUUGUAAAGAAAGUUCUUGUGGUUUUUCAAAAUCAGGUCUUGGAAACAAUGACAACAUUAAAAUUAUAUUAUUUUAGGUAAUAGUGACCAACACGGUGCCGCACGAGGUCCAGAAGAUGCGAUGUCACAAGAUCAAGACCGUCGACAUAUCCAUGAUCAUCUGCGAAGCCAUACGUCGGAUUCAGAACAAAGAAUCCAUGGCCUUCUUGUUCAAGGAUAUUACACUUGACGAUUGA